UAAAAGAUAGAAAGUAAAAAUUGUUGUCGUGGCGCUUUUGGGGUGCAUCUUUAGGGCAGGUCCUUUAUUCGGCCGAGGACGGAAGCGUUCCGUUCAUCGCACGAUUGUCGGUCCGCUCUGAGUAAAUGGUUUCUCCUUUGUCCUCCUUAUCUGACUUUUCUUUUGGCUUCAAUAUGGUCUUUGAAGACGUACUCCUUGCCGUUGGAUGCGAUAAUAAUGAGCUAACAAUACAUCGGAAAAGCGGCGUUGAUGAAACCAGGGUAGAGAUGUUCUCAUGAGCAGCUGGACAUUCUUAGAUUACUAAGGUUAGAGCGACUUAUCGCGUCAUUUGUGGUAUAAAUAAUGAGCCAUGUCUGAUUCUCCUGGUUGCUAUUCAUGCGCGCUACAGUUCGAUCCAACAUGCUCUCCUACACCCUCAACGACGGCACCACCAUUCCCUGGCUCGCAUUCGGCACCGGCACUGCUCUCUAUAAGCAGGAUGCUGCAGAGGCCUGUCCGUGUAGCCAUCGAGAAUGGCGUGACGCACCUCGACGGUGCGCAGAUGUACGAAAACGAAGAUUCCCUCGGUGCGGGCAUCAAGGCAUCCGGAAAGCCCCGCUCGGAGCUCUAUGUGACAACCAAGUUGAAGAGUCUUGCGGAGGGCCAGACUAUCAAGGAUACGCUGGUGAUCUCGCUGAAGAAGCUGGGGCUGGAAUAUGUUGAUCUAUUCUUGAUCCAUGACCCCACGUCGGCCAAAGGGGAGCUGAAAGCGUGGUGGAAGCAGAUGGAAGAAGUCAAGAGCCAAGGUUUGACGAAGAGCAUUGGAAUAUCCAACUUUAGAGUCGAAGAUAUGAAGGAGGUCAUCGAGGUUGCUACCAUUCUACCUGCCAUUGAAUUCCACCCAUAUGUAUUCAAAGCUGCCGAGCCCAUCUACAAGUACGCCCUGGAGCACAAGAUUCUCAUUGCCUCAUAUGGUGGCCUUACUCCCAUUGUCCGGGCUCCAGGCGGACCGGUCGACCCCGUCGUUAAUGGCAUCGCUGAGCGACUCAAGAUCUCUCCAAGCCAAGUCUACACCAAGUGGCUCCUCCAGAAAGGCAUCCUUGUAGUAACGACCACAUCGAAGCCAGCGCGAAUCACAGAGACUCUCAAGACUCCUGACGUAACAGAUUUGACAUCUGAAGAUAUCGCUGCGAUCGAAGAGGCGGGGGCUAAGCUUCACAAGCGGAUUUUCAUGCGUCAUGUAUUUGGCGAAGCGUAGAUAGAAGGAGUGGUACAGAAUCUUGUAACAGUAUUGUGUCAAUCACUGUCAGUUUGUCGAACACAAAUGUUCUAAGCUGUAGGUUCACGUGCGCGUGGUCAUUGAUUCAUCACUAUAUAAAACCGAGUACCUGGAUCGUACCUUC